AUUUGCUUAACUACCACACAAAUCAAAUCCCCCGCCAAUCGCCAUAACCAAAAAAGCUUCACACAAAGCUCCAGUUUACAGCUACAACAAUGGCGUCUUCCAUUAACCUACUUAUCUCUCCACCAAAUUCGCAAUACUCAUUCUGUUCUCGCAAUUCACUUUUCUUCUCUCCUUCAGUUACAACAUUCCGAAGAACUCUUCCUUCGAAAUCGCUAUCAAUUUCAGCUUCCUCUUCUUCAACGAGAGCAUUAGAAGCUUUGAUAUUCGAUUGCGAUGGCGUAAUUUUGGAAUCCGAGCAUCUUCAUCGCCAAGCGUAUAACGAUGCUUUCUCUCAUUUCAAUGUGCGAUGCCCUUCUGAUGACGACGAGCCGCUGAAUUGGAGCCUUGAGUUCUAUGAUGUGCUACAGAAUCAAAUUGGAGGUGGAAAACCCAAAAUGCGAUGGUAUUUUAAGGAGCAUGGUUGGCCUACUUCAACAAUCUUUCAGCAUUCUCCGGAGGAUGACAACGAUAGAGCCAAGCUGAUUGAUACUCUUCAGGAUUGGAAGACUGAGAGGUACAAAGAGAUAAUCAAAUCUGGAACUGUUGAGCCGAGACCAGGAGUUUUAAGAUUGAUGGAUGAGGCUAAGGCUGCUGGCAAGAUGCUCGCUGUCUGCUCUGCUGCAACUAAAAGUUCAGUUGUACUGUGUCUUGAGAAUCUUAUAGGACUUGAUCGGUUCCAUGGUCUUGAUUGCUUCCUUGCAGGUGAUGAUGUGAAAGAAAAAAAGCCUGAUCCUUCAAUAUACAUUACAGCUGCCAAGAAACUUGGCGUCUCAGAAAGCAAUUGUUUGGUGGUAGAGGAUAGUGUCAUCGGACUACAGGCUGCAACCGGAGCUGGAAUGUCGUGUGUAAUAACCUACACUUCAUCUACCGCGGAUCAGGAUUUCAAAGAAGCCAUAGCAAUCUAUCCUGACUUGAGUGAUGUUAGGUUUAAUGAUUUAGAGUCACUUCUUCAAGAUGUUGUGGUCACGAAAUAGGAUAGAGGGACGGGUCCAUUAUACAAAGAGUUUCGAAGCUGAAACAACGGAGUCCUUGGUAUCUGAAAAGAAGUUUUGGCAAGCUUGUAUCAUUUUUUGUUCUAAAAUAAAUUGUUCAUAAUUAUUCAUUUUGUGUAAAAUAACAGUUAAAUCACAUCACAUUCAUAGUAUAUGUCUAUAUAAUGUAAUCUUAUUUUUCAGUUCCAA